AUGUCGACUCACAUCCUGAGGUGGGUCGCUGUUAUCCGGGUCAACCUGGGUCCGACCCAGAUUUCCACAAUGGCUGGACAAAAUUAUAUUGGUGAUCUCAAUGAAUACAGACAGAAAAACAACUUUACACUAGUAUUUCAGGAGGUUUCUAGGAAUGGACCAGCACACAAUCAAAUAUUCACCUUUAAGGUUAUUGUUAAUGAUGUUGAAUAUCCUGAGGCCACUGGUAAAACCAAGAAAGAGGCUAAACAAAACGCAGCUAAGGAAGCACUUGAAAAAAUAUGUGGCCAAUCCAACACAUCUAAAGACACGUCUACAAGCACACCGAACCCAGCACCACAAACACCCCCCCCCCAGACAAGUGACAGAAGAGAAUCAUGCACAUCACAAUCUAUACCUUCGAAUCUGAUCAACUACAUAACCUGGCUUAAUGAAUAUGGCCCCCUAAAAAACCUGGUAAUCCGACUAGUUGAGAACAAUCAUGUGGGACCUGCUCAUUUACCUCAGUUUUCCUGCAAAUAUAAAAUAGGGGAAAGAGAAUUUCCUGAGGGAAAAGGUAAAAAUAAGAAAGAGGCCAAAAAGGAGGCAGCAAGGCUUGCUUAUGAAGAAUUGCAGCUUGAAGAAAAUGCUCAGACUCCAGGCCAGAAGGACAAUGAUUCUAGACACACUUAUUCAUCAGGUGCUACACCAGUUCUUGAAAGUCAAACGUACGGCACAAGUACACCAAAACAGCAAACGUGUGCUGACGUCAGACCAGGAAAUGCCAGACACAGUGUGGUGGAUUCUUCACAGACUGAAGGCUCUCUCAAUGGCACAAACUUUAUUGGAAAAUUGAAUGAAUUUUGCCAAAAAAGAAGUGAAAUGCAUGAUUUUAAAUGUGUAAGACAAGAGGGACCUUCACACGACCCCGUGUAUUAUUAUCAAGUAAUGAUUGAGAAAAGAAAGUUUCCAGAAGGUCAAGGGAAGAGUGCUAAGGAAGCCAAGCAAAGAGCAGCCCAGUUGGCCAUGGAAGCUCUAUCGUCAGAGCCUAACCCCUGCAUCCAGGAAACUGUUGAACAGAGCCCUGGAGGAGCCAGAUUAAAAAAUAGAAAAGUCAACUUAGCUCCUGAUUUCAAAAAUGACUUCAAAUCUACACCAAACAAAAAUAAGCAGGAUAAUAUUAUACCCAAUUUAAAUAAGGACAGACACUUGGACAGAAAUGUCAAUGAGAAAACAAACUCUUAUAACCCACAGAACCCAAGACUUUUUCAGGAAUUUGAUGAAAUAACCAAACUUGGUCAAGGUGGCUUUGGGAGUGUUUUCAAGGCGAGAAAUAAACUUGACAGAAACUUUUAUGCUGUGAAACGUGUGAAGUGUAAAAAUAAUGCUGAACGUGAAGUUGCAGCAUUGGCGUGUCUUGAGCAUGACAACAUUGUACGCUAUUGUACUUCAUGGGUUGAAGAGUUACCAGGAAACCUGCCAGAAACAUCUGAAAGUAACAGCAGCUCAGGCUCAGAUUCCAAUGCUUUACAGAAGUAUCUCUUCAUCCAGAUGAAACUAUAUGAAAAGGGAACAUUGAAAACCUGGAUUAAUGAUAAAAAUCACUUAAAGACAAUAAGAAGCAAGACUGAUGCUUUGCAAAUAUUUAAGCAGAUGGUCGAUGGAGUUGAAUAUAUCCAUUCAAAUAAUCUGAUUCAUCGAGAUUUAAAGCCCACAAAUAUCUUUUUAAGUGAUGACGAUAAAGUAAAAAUCGGGGAUUUUGGACUUGCAACUGCAAUAGUCAAUGAAAACAGUGUCAGCUCACUUCAAAGGACUAUGCACACAGGAACCGUGCACUAUAUGAGUCCUGAACAGAAAAACCUGAAUAAAUAUGGAAAUGAAGUGGAUAUUUUUGCUCUAGGGUUAAUUUGUUUUGAACUUCUUUGGCGGCUUGAAACAGAAAAUGAAAGAGCUAAAAUGUGGAACAAAAUAAGGAGACGGGAGUUUCCUAAAGAGUUUUGCAUAGAGUACAGUACUGAGUCCAAAUUAAUAGAAAAGAUGCUUUCGGAAGCACCAAAGGACAGACCAAAAGCUUCGAAGAUUGCAGAACAUUUGAAUAUGUAUUUCAAAAAGGAGGAUGAACACAACGAGUCAAAGACAGUAUAAGGACAAUCUUGGAAAUGUACCCUAUAGAAAUGUUAACAGGGGUGCCAGCCACUAAAACAAUCAAAUUAAAUAACUUUGAGUGAA